AUGCAUACCCCGCGAUUCGAGGGGUCGGUGAGACCGGAAGUUGCGGAGGAGUGGCUCACCCAGAUCUCUCAGGACUUGGAGUAUCUGCAGUGCCCGUACCAGUACCGGGCUAUGAUCGCGAGCCAUCAUCUGUCGGGACAGGCCCGACAUUGGUGGGCGAAGGUGGUGCAGGAGGCACCAGCGAGACAUCGCUUCACAUGGGAGGAGUUCCGACAGGAGUUCGAGGCAAAGUACUUCAGGCGACAGGACCGUGAGUACCGUGUCGCAGAGUUCCUCAUGUUGCAGCAGGGGGACAUGACUAUCAGCGAGUAUGAGGCGGAGUUCACCCGUCUACUGAUGUAUGGAGGGCAUCUGGUGCCCACUGAGGCGUCGAAGAUUCAAAAGUUCAUUGCUGGACUCCGACCUUACCUGCGGAGGAAGAUCGAGAUUCAGGAGUACCCGACGUUGAGUCGGUAUAUCUCGCAGCUGGAGAAGGUGGAGCGUGGUGAACGGGAGAAGAGGGAAGGGAAGACUCGUGAGCGAAGCCCCUUCAGGAAGUGCUUUGGUACGUGUUCAUCUGGGAAGAACGUCCGAAGCAGCGACCCACGCGACAAGGGCAAGGCGCCCGCUGUCCAUGCCCCACCACCACUGGCGACGAGGGGAUCACUGAUCUGUUAUCGUUGCGACCAGCCUGGACACAUUGCAUCACGUUGUCCGACGAGGACUACGGGACCACCGGCUCUGGCACUGAGACCACCACGACCACCAGGCCAGGCGAACAGACCACCCCGACCGCCAGUGAGGACUGGAGCAGCCCCGAGAGUUUAUGCUCUUGCGGCGGAGAGGCUUGAGACAGGAGAGAUCGAGCCAAGGAGUGAUUUCACUGUGUGCAUACCAACCGAAGAGACAUUAGCAGUGCACGGGAUCCUGAGAGGCGUACCCCUUGAGGUUUGCGGUCGCCUAUUAGCCGCACAUAUCAUUGUGGUACCCAUCGGAGUUUUCGACAUCAUUCUGGGCAUGGAUUGGUUGAUAAGGUACCAAGCCUACAUCGAUUAUCCUAAGAGGACAAUCUGGUUUAUAGAUAAAUUCGGAGGGUUCGAGUUUUGA